AUGACAACUACACUGCGCACAUCGUGGGUCUAUAACUUACGGAAGGAGGAAUUGGGAAACUACCUCUGUGAAUUUGGCCUGGAAAUCGGUGGAACCGUCGAUGAGUUGCGGCGCCGUUUUAGCCAAUUCAUAGGUGGGCAGCACGACCAAGACGUCCUCAAACGCCUUCUGGGGCUGCAAGCGACACAUGAGACCGUAUCUUCCAAACGGGAUAACAGGACGGAUACGACCCCAGCUAAGGAUCCCGCAAUCGUUAUUACCGAGGCGACCGACCCGACGCCGACUGGAGGCCAAGCCACCGGCUACACAUCGAUGCCGAGUGCGGCCCCGGAACAUGGUGAACCAAGCGUAGAGACAUAUUGGCGACUCCAGUCAGCAAACACAGAAACACAUCCACGGCCCCAGACACAGACACCCGCCACCGAUAUUCGUGCUGUAGCGGAUCAAGUGCGGAAAUGGGGUGUACAUUUCGACGGGGAAAAGGAACCCUUAGAAUUUGUCGAGCGAAUAGAGGAGCUUUCGCAGAUGUACGACACCGAUAUGAAUGUCCUCCCGAAGAUGAUGCCCGAGGUGCUACGAAACCGAGCGUUGGUGUGGUACCGGAAUAAUAAUCGGUCGUGGCGUAAUUGGGAAAGCUUUAAAACGGACUUCCUAAGGUUCUUUCUCCCAGUCCGGUUCUUCGAGCAACUGGAUGACGACAUACGCAAGCGACGACAAAAACAAAGGGAGUCGUUCAAAAACUACUCGCUGUGCAUGCAAAACCUGAUGAGGCAUAGUAAUUACACGGAGGAACAAAAGGUCGAAAGAAUAUUCCGUAAUGCCCUGCCAGAGUACUUAUGGUACAUCCGCAGACGUGAUUUUCGCACACUACAAGAUCUGUUAGAAAUGGCUGACGAUCUGGAGAGCUUGCCUGCUUUGACACCGCCUGCGCGAGAGCAACACCGGAGGAUGCAACCAGAGGAAUCUCGUGAACUCCAGAACGCUCGCAUCAACCCACGCACAGCGUGCCGGCGGUGUGGUCAAAAUGGGCACUUUGCAGUCCAUUGCCGAAACAAACCCGUUCUUUUCUGUUGGGACUGUGGGCUGCGUGGCAUCCGCUCUAUCCAUUGCUGUCGGGAAAAACUCGGGAAACGUGAGUCGGACCCGCCAAGAACCGGUGGAGACGGGUCCCCACAAAACCUCCAGCCCCCGCGAUUAAACCCCACUUUGCAUGUAGAGCCUACCCGACUUGUGGCCACCAUCGGCAUAGGGAAUCGACGGAUAGCGGCCACUAUUGACACCGGUGCAACCCGUUGCUUUAUCAGCGAAUCAUUGGCACAGGCUAUGGAGGAAUUCUAUCCCAGAAUCCCAUGCACCACGACGGUGCUGCUGGCAGACGGCUCUCAGUGUCAGGUGCAGCAUGCAAUCGAGGCCGACAUCGACCUUGGAAGCCAACGAGUACCAAUCAGGCUUCUAGUCAUGCCGGAUGCCACCGAGGAAGUUAUCAUAGGAUUGGACUUUCUCGCCAAAAUUGGAGCGCGCUUCACCCUAGCCGGCAUGUCUUGCAUAUUCUCCGCCCUGGCAUCAGGACUAGAUACAGCUCCUAUUACCGAACACAAUCGUUUGAUCAGCGUAGUUUGCCCAUGCGGAAUGCCGGAUUCACAUUGCCGCCGAACCUCCGAAAUCCCGUCUCUAGAUCACCCUUCCCCCGUAAUAGUCAGAGGGCGUGGACGUGCCAAAGGAUACGUCCGAACAGCCCAUCUCAGCGGGAUAAAACCUUUCACUACAGCGGACAAAGUUGACCAACCCAUUGACUCAAACAAAGUGGGAGAACAUAGCUUACAUAUAACCUCUCCAAUCUUUUCUCUCCCGUCUCCAGAUACUUCAUCUAUAGCGACACAGCCACCAAAAGCCAUGAACCCCGAACAGACACCUUUGCGUACCAAGGCUUACUAUAAACAGCAGGGGCAGCUGCAAGCGACUGAGAGAGGCAGCAAAGACUCCGGCCAAUCUAGUUCUCGUCGAAAGCAUCCGACCAAAUCCCGCAGACGGCCUUCUGAAACAAAGAAGACGCCGAAGGUGCAGUUACCCCCAUGCUACGUAAUGCUGGAGAGGAUGGUGGUUGAACCCGUGCGGCGCCCAGUGGUAGCAGUGCAACCUAUGCGAAGGCCAACCACUCCAACAGUCGUAAACAGGGUAGCUGAACAACCAGCCCGAAGGCCAACAGCACCAUCGGCACGCGACCUAGUUGCACCACGACUAGUGAGGAUACCAGCCGUCCCCCCCGUCAUAGAUACCAUCGUCCUUUCAUCGGACUCUGAGGAGCCAUCGACACCGCCCCGGCCAUUUAGAUUCGCCCCGUCAAACCCAGCUACACCCUCACCAACGGUGUCCCUCAUUAUUUCGGACGACUCGGAUGCAGAGAGUAUAGGCGUAGUAGCACCGCGCUCGGCUAACUCCACAUCCCCCAGGGAUGCCGAAUCCACAGCCUCCGAUACCGAAAUAUUGGUUCCAAGGGAGAACCCACGCUUGACAGCGACCCGGGUCCCGACCCCGCCACCAGCACGAUUGUCCAGCGCAAUUGUGGUACCGACGCCACCUCUACAGCGGAACUACGCCUACAACUGCCAGGAGCGCUUGCCGGACGAGGUCCAGCCGGCCCUCCAACGCCACAUCCGGGUAGCCCUAGCCUUCCAUGUGCCGCAUCGGCAGUACAAGAAGGUAGUGGAGAUCUGCGGCCGCCGCUACCGCAUUAUGGUUAACCGCCAAGGGAAGGUGUUCGUAAUGCCGAGAUGAACCAGCUCUUCCCGGAGGAGGGGAGUAGUGUGAUGACGGAAGUCGCUGGCUCGUUUCCGUCCACACUCAGUGUCGUCUCCAUUCGCGUUUAACCUGUGUUGUCCUUUUUAUGUUGAAUUAUUUAAAAUGAAUUUUGGUAGUAACUAAUCGGUAAUUUCUCACAGUGUAUUCGCUGUGUGUACGCCCUGCCAGUAUCGAUUGUUUUGCCCAUGACCAUUUUAUCAUUUUUGUUCCCAAAAGAAGCAGGCAGUGAUUUCCCGCCUGAAUGAGUGGCCCUCAUACUUGUUUACAAGUUAGCUCCAAAAAUGAUCAUAACAAGUUACCGUAUGACUACAAACAAAAUAGCAUAGCCAAUGGUAGUGAUAUUCACGGCAGCCAGACACCACGGCGACAUUCAGGAUGGGUAGGCAGCCACCAACGACAACGAACAAACGCAUGCACAUGGCUGUUGGAUAGGCAAAGGGCUAUGCUGAUGCGUUGGUCAGCCAGCCACAACAAGGGACACACACACGCACAUGUGGUUGGCAUAGGCAAGGGCCCCACAUGAUUGUUGGUCAGCCAGCAACGACAGCGACC